AUGGAAUUGCCUUGUGGGAGAAGAUUUUCAUUUGAUGCUUUAAUUUGCCUCCAUCACGUGAUAGAUGAAAAUAGCAGCCAACCGUUCAACAAAUCUCAAAUACUUUCUGAUGUGAACAAGAAGCCGUAUGGCCUAAACGGCUUAGGCUCCGGUGACAGCUUAGGCUCCGGAAACUACAUUGUGACGGUAGGCUUAGGCACACCCAAAAAGGACUUAUCUCUAAUAUUUGAUACGGGCAGCCCUCUCACUUGGACCCAGUGCCUGCCUUGUUCGAGCUCUUGUUAUUACCAAAAGGAUCCAAUGUUUGACCCUUCGAAGUCUUCCACAUACAUCAACGUUUCAUGUAAAUCAACUGUGUGCUCAUUACUCGCUUCAUCCACAGGUUACACACCGGAAUGUGCUUCCGAGACAUCCACGUGUAUAUACGGCAUACAGUACGGUGAUCGAUCGUACUCCGUCGGAUACUUUGGCAAAGAAACGAUUACGUUAUCCAAGUACGACGUGUUCGAUGGUUUCCUCUUCGGAUGCGGCCAUAAAAACCGCGGACUCUUCGGCCGAACUGCUGGGCUGUUGGGCCUGGGCCGAGACACGUUCUCUAUCGUCCAACAGACCUCCAACAUUUACAAACGCAUCUUCUCCUAUUGCCUUCCAACCCACUUCGGCGGCUCUACAGGACACUUAACCUUCGGCCGAACUCCCGUGAGUUAUAAAGACAUAAAGUACACGCCUCUAUCCACAUCCACUGAUAUCAAAGAUUCAUUUUACGCCCUUGAUCUAGAAGGCAUAACCGUUGCCGGUACUAAACUAUACAUUCCGUCAUCGAUUUUUUCAUCCCCGGGUACAAUUAUUGAUUCAGGAACCGUCAUAACGCGUUUGCCGGCCACUGCUUAUAAGGCCUUGAAGUCAGCAUUUCGGCAAUUCAUGAGCAGUUAUCCGAGGGCACCGGCGCUAUCGAUUCUGGACACGUGCUACGACUUCAGCAGUUAUUCAUCGUUUAAGAUUCCGAAGAUAAGCUUUUUGUUCGGCGGUGGGGUUGUGGUGGAAUUGAAACCCCAAGGUAUACUGUACGUGGGCAGUGUUACACAGAUUUGUUUGGCUUUUGCUGGGUACAGCGACGAUGAUGAGGUCACGAUCUUCGGGAAUGCCCAACAGCAAACUUUGGAGGUGGUGUACGAUGCUGGUGAAGGAAGGAUUGGAUUUGGCCCUGUUGUUUGUCACUGACUUAAAAGAAGUCACCUGAAGUUUACGACAAAAUAUGAUGUUAUACCAUGUUAUUAAUCAAAUAAUAUACAGCAUAGACUAAAAAGAGUGUGUUUGUACAGCCAGUCUAAUAAAAUGUUAUAUUAUGUUAUUAAUCAAAUAAUUUAUAGCAUAGACUAAAAAGAGUGUGUUUGUAAUGCCAACCUAAUAGGAUGUUAUAUUAUGUUAUUAAUGUUUGUAAUGCCAGUCUAGUAGGACAUUUACUAUGUUAUUAAUCAAAUAAUUUACAGCAUAGACUGAAAAGAGUGUGUUUUUAAUGCCAGCCCAAUAGGAUGUUGUACUAUGUUAUUAAUCAAAUAAUUUACAGCAUAGAUGGAAAAGAGUGUGUUUGUAAUGGCAUCCUUAAUGUUG